AUGUGUUCUGAUGGGUUCACCUGGGACCAGACUUUGAUUGAACAGACUUUCAACCCUGAAGAAGCAGCUCUCAUUCUGAACACACCUUUGACAAGAAGAGGCCAGAAGGAUCUGUUAGUCUGGCAUCCCCAUAAGCAAGGACUUUUUACUGUGAAAUCUGCAUAUUCUCUCCUCCUUGCUUCUAAACAGGUCCUGCCAACACUCCCAGAAUCUAGCAAGGCCAAUCUCAUGGAAUCCAAGGUCUGGAGGACUACAUGGUCUCUGAAGAUUAAAAACAAAAUUAAGAACUUUCUUUGGCGUUGCUGGUUCAAAUUCAUGGGUACUCAAGAUCAGCUUGCUCUUAAGGGAAUCUCCAUUGAUCCUAUCUGCAAAAUUUGUGGAGCUUGCGACGAAUCACUCGAGCAUAUUUUCUUCUCCUGUACUCGAGCUUCUAAUGUUUGGAAACUUGCCGGUGUGGACGGGACUAGUUUCCAAAAUCCUAAUCUGACCUUCAGAAGCUGGUGGACUGAGGUUUGCACGAUGAAAAGAGCCAGCAACUUUGAUGAUAGAAUUCACUUCUCCUCUUAUAUUCUAUGGCGACUUUGGAAAUGCAGGAAUCUUUGGAUAUUUAAUAGCAUUUGGAAGUCUGAUAUUGAUAUUGCCAAUCAAGCCAGGAGAGAAUGGGUGGAAUUUAUGGAAGUGGAUUAUCAUUCAGUCUGA